AUGUCGGUCAAUACCAGACAGACCUCAUCAUCUCCUCCCGUACAGGAACCGGAACAAGAGACACAAAAGUCCGUGGGAAUAUUUUGUCGCCCAGAUCAAAUUGCCAUGUUCGCAAGAGUAACAUCUUACCCGCCGCUGGGGCAACUGACCAAUAUCCGAAGAUCCGAGGAUGAUGCGGUGAGUAUUGAGUUAUCAUUCGCCCCGAUGUGUCUCGAGCACCAGCUUGCUUCGCUGCUGGAAAAUGAAUGUUGGGAUGCGCAAAUCUGGCAUAACAUUACCAAUUCCGAAUGGACAGCUCUGCCACUGCUAGAAUGUCAGUCUGAACAGACAAGACAAUUGAAUGGUAUUGAUAGCAGCCAUCAUUACCAUCGCCAUGUACGCUCUGCCAAGAUCUCCCUGCCCGGCACAGGAGGUCACGCUCAAUUUACAGUACGUUUUCGAACUAGCCCAGAUGAGGAAUGGCAAUGGGCCAACCAGAAGCAUGCUGUCAGCGAUGGCGAGAUUGUUUACUGCUCAAUGGACUCUGGGCUUUGUCAUUCCGCAGACACGGGUCCCUCCGCUCGAAGUCCUUUGGAGGAGAUUGCCAAAUAUAUCACCAAUUUCUCCGAUAAACUGCAAAUUCAGCCGCGGAGGAGUGAAGCUCCGGGCUCGAAGCUUUGGGAUAUAUCAGGAGGUAUUGAUCCGAGCCAAGAAGGAAAAUCAAACAUUAAAUAUGUGACGCUUGGUACACCAUUAUCAGUGUUGAGAUAUUUUUCCCUUGUUCGGGUAUGGAGUCCAUGGCUGGGCCCUAGACAUGGCACAUCCAAAUUCCGCCUCAAUGAGGAUGUAAUGCUCUGCUCAUUUCUCAGGAGUGAUGGAGCCCAUCUGGUUCUGCUGGCUGUAUCCGGAGUCAAUGAUGUCUUGACGAUCCUUCAAUCUGGUGAUGAUGGCGAAAUUAUCAUCAAAGCAAAAAGUGACAACGAGGGUACAUCGGAAUUCCACAUUUUGGUUGCAGUUGCCGAGGAAUUCGAGAUCGCUAUGUCCGCAGUGAUGUACGAGGCCCGCAAGGUUGUCAAGCCGUUCGCCGAUCCAGCGGAUGCAGAUUUGGAAGAUCAAGUUCCGUUAUCUCCACCCGGUGAUGAUGAGGUUCUCGUGGAGAAAGACCCAAGUGUCCAAUUUCUCGCCCAGUGGUACGAUGGUCUUACAUACUGUACUUGGAAUGCGCUUGGUCAAGAUCUUACAGAACAAAAGAUCUUGAAUGCUUUGGCGGAAUUGAAGUCGAAUGGUAUUCAAAUAGCCAAUCUUAUCAUCGACGAUGGCUGGCAAGCCAAUGACAAUGAGGGCCAGUCUCAAUUCAAGAGGGGCUUGUGUAAUUUUGAAGCCCAUUUGGAAGGUUUCCCAAAAGGAUUGAAACACACAGUGGGAUUAAUUCGCGAUGCCAAUCCCAAAAUCGAGCACAUCGCAGUUUGGCACGCCUUGUUCGGGUAUUGGGGUGGUAUCUCACCAGAAGGCGAUUUAGCCAAAAAAUAUAAGACAAAGGAAGUGAAGAUCAAAGAUCCCACCCCUAAUGGUCCUGUUGAACAGAAUCUCCCCGAUGGCAAGAUUCUUGUCAUCGAUCCCGAUGAUGUACAGACUUUCUACGAUGACUUCUAUAGUUAUCUGGACUCCACAGGUAUAGAUUCAGUCAAGGCUGAUUCACAGUUCUUUAUCGAUCUUCUUGAAGAACCAGAGGACCGCAGACGGUUCAUGACCUCUUACCAAGAUGCAUGGUCAAUUGCCUCUCUCAGACAUUUCAGCACACGUUCAAUCUCAUGCGGAUCAAUGACGCCCCAAAUCAUAUUUCAUUCACAACUUCCUAACAACAAACCCACCAUACCGCUCCGCAACUCAGAUGACUUCUUUCCCGAAAUACCCGCUUCGCACCCAUGGCAUGUAUUCUGCAAUGCACAUAAUUCACUUCUCACUCGAUAUCUGAAUGUAGUCCCAGACUGGGAUAUGUUUCAAACCAGCCAUCCAUAUGCCUCCUUCCACGCUGCCGCAAGAUGUGUAUCAGGUGGACCGAUCUACAUCACCGACCAACCGGGAAAGCAUGACCUGGACUUGCUUAACCAGAUCACGGCGCCAACUGUCAACGACAUCACCAUCAUCUUGCGUCCCAGUGUCAUUGGACGCACUAUUGACACUUACCACGGCUACAAUGAAGGAAACAUUUUGCGAGUAGGGAGUUACACCGGCUGGGCGAGAACCGGAAGUGGAAUAUUGGGUCUGUUCAAUAUUACAUCUAGCGAAGCCUCGACAAUGAUAUCGCUAAUGGACUUCCCCGGAAUCCACGAUGACUCUCAAGGGUACUACAUUGUCCGUGCACACAGCAGUGGAAAAGUAUCCGCUCGCAUGCGACCAAUUGACCAAGACUCCCUGGUCUCAAUCAUUCUAGAUCAAAAGGGAUGGGAGAUUCUGACUGCCUAUCCAACCCAAUCUUUCACGCUGAAGAACCACCAAGGUGGAAAUGGCUCUCUCGAACGAACGACCCAUGUUGCCGUACUUGGCCUGUUGGGCAAGAUGACGGGUGCGGCGGCUGUAGUCAUGUCUGAUAUAUUCAUUGCCGAGAACGGGCGUCUGAGAAUUGACAUCAGACUCAAGGCUCUUGGGGUAAUUGGAAUUUACAUGUCCGAUCUCCCAGAGAGGACUAUCGCUCAGGACUUCAUGGUCAUGAUUCAGGGAAAGCCAAUCCCCAAGAAAACUGUUUGGAAGGAAGGAGGGAAGGAUGUGAAUGUGCUCGCGAUUGAUGUUUUGACUGCUUGGAAAACAAUGAAAUUGGAUAGUGGAUGGAGUAACGAAGUUUUCGUUCAGGUUUUUGUCGGAUGA